UCAGACAGGGCGGUGUCUCGAGGCGUUCCUGUGGGCGUGUGGGGUCCAGUUCGACGUGCAGCGCGGUGACACCAUCCGGCUCGGUCAGUUCAUGGCGGCGUUCCUGAGCAAACCAACGGGGGAGUGCUCCAAUGUCAUGCUGGCCGAGGUGCACACGUGCCACGGCCUGGAAAUCCAGUUUUUCACCAAACAUCCGGGAGAGCCGGUGGUGCUGAUCCCGCCCUUCGAGACCUUCAAGGUCACCCAAGUCACCCGGGAACGGGACAAGACACAGCUCCAGCUCCGCUCCACCGGGACCUUCAGCAACUACAACUGCGAGUGGCUGCGAGGUGGGAGCAUCCCCAGGGACCCCUUCCACUUUGGAGGACCCCUCCUGGCCACCACAGCCCUGGCAGUGGCCACCGGGAUCCUCUGAGCUCUAGGCCACCGAGGUCACCGAGGUCUCUGUGGCCACUGUGGCAGCCGUGGCCACCAUCAUCACCAAGGCUCCCUCAGCUCCAAGGCUGCCACAGCCGCUGUGACCGCUGUGCCCACCGAGGCCAUGGUGCAAACAAUUCUAUUAACCUAUUCUUCCAUAACAAUUCCAUUAAAUAAAUCUGACAAAGCCAGCAAAAAGUGACAGUUCCGAA